CGUGCGGCGGUGAUGAUUUGCAUGGACACGCCUCCACGCCUAGGCCCCACCCCUUACGCUAUCCUGGGGAUCUGCGUGGCCCCGCCCCGCCAGAGCGCGUUCUCUUACGUCAUCAUCCCGCGCCAUUGCCGGUUCUGCUUCCGGUUCGUUACUGGCGGCGCGGCCCCACAACGGGGCGUCGGCUCCGGGAGCCCCCGAUGGCGUCAAGCGCCGCCCGCGGGCCGCGCUGCCGGGAGCGCAGCCGCCGUGGGCGGCUGCGACUGGAAUCGGGGUCCGCCGGGCGCAGCCGGAGCCGUAGUGGGGACCGGGAGGAUGAACAGCGAGCGCACCGGCAAGAGUCGUCGCCGGGAGAUCCGGACUGUGAUGGUGGAGGGGAAGCUGCCAAAUCCCCGAAAAAAACCGUGCGGCCCCGAAUCGACCGCGAUGGGGCGGCGGAGGGGCAUGGCGAGAGCUCUGCGAACGGGGCGGUGCCGCCCCCGGGUACUCCCGGGAAGCGCGGCAGGAAGGGCAAGGCCGAGGUGCUGCUGCUGGAGCUGUCCCCGCCCCGAGAGCCCAUCCGGGUGCAGAAGAUGCUGGGGAGCAGCGAGGAGGGUGCCGGCCUGGACACCUCCCGGGGCGGGCGGCCCAAGAGGAGAGCAGCCAAAGUGGCUCUGCUGUACCUGCAGGAGCUGGCGGAGGAGCUGAUGUCUGUGUGCCAGCCCCCUGCUCCCACCGAGGAGGCCCCGGAGCCAGAGCCCAAGUGUGUCCAGGGGAAGCAGCGGAGCCGGAGGAGGAAGGAGGAGGACACGGACAGCGACGACCCUGCACGAGACGCCGACUUCGUGCCCUCGCAGGAGGUGCUGCAGGCGGAGGAGGAGGAGGAGGAGGGCAGUGAUGUGAUGCUCAGCGAGGCGUCGGAGCCAGAACUGGAGAUGCCCCGAGGGCACGGUGGGAGGACGGCGGCCACAGGGAGAUCCAAGCCCCCAUGCCGAGGCCUCGCUCCCAACGGCUUCCCCAACUCCAUCAUGGCCCCAGUGGAGAAGAGCUCCAGCCUCACCUGCAGCCUGCGGGAGCAGAAGCACUCGCAGUGGGAGUUCCCAGACUGGAUCCCAAUGGCACACAGGUGGACGUGUCUCUCUGACAGGGAGGCUGCCCCAUACCUGCCGGCAGAGGAGAAGUCUCCCUUCUUCUCCAUCCAGCGUGAGGGCAUUGAGGACGACGGUGCCUUGUACAGGGUAAACAGGUUCAGCUCCAUGCAGCCCCACCCAGAGCGCCUGGACAUUUCCUUCUUUGUGGGUGGCCCAGUGUGGGCGAUGGAGUGGUGCCCGAGUCCUGAGGGCUCGGCAGCCCCGCAGUACGUGGCCGUGUCCUGCCACAGGAGCAUGGAGGAGACGCACAGCGUGGCCGGGCUGCACACGGGCCCCGCACUCCUGCAGCUCUGGGGCCUGGGCACGCUGCAGUUGGAGCAAGGCUCUCCUGACAAAGCCAGGCUGGCCUAUGCCAUCGCUGCCGACCACGGCUGCGUCUGGGACAUGAAGUUCUGCCCCAGCGGGGCCUGGGAGCCGCCUGCCACAGCCCGGACGCACCCGCAGAUGAGCCGGCUGGGCCUGCUGGCUGCCGCCUUCUCAGACGGCAGGGUGGCGGUGUAUGCCCUGCCGCACCCCGAGGCUCUGCGCCGCGCCAAGACAACCCAGGUAAAAGAUGGGCCCCUCCACAAGCACCUUAUCUGCAAGGUGCAGUGCAUUGCCACGCUCCAGGUGGGCUCCAUCCAGGCAGGGAACGCAUCCGAGUGUGGGCAGUGCUUCAGCCUCUCCUGGAUGCCCUCCAAGCCCCACCAUCAUUUGGCAGCGGGGUUUUAUGACGGCACCGUGGCCAUCUGGAACCUGCUCACCAAGUCCCUGCUGCAGUGUGUGCACCAGCCCGAUGCCUCCCUCAAGCUCUACCCUUUCCAGUGCUUCCUGGCCCACGACCACGCGGUCCGGAGCAUCGAGUGGUGCAAGGCCGACAACAACUUCCUGGUCACGGCAGGCAGUGACCGCAAGAUCAAGUUCUGGGACCUGCGGCGGCUCUACGAGCCCAUCAACAGCAUCAAGCGGUUCCUGAGCACUGAGGUGGCCUGGCUGCUGCCCUACAAUGGCAUCACUGUGGCCCAGGACAACUGCUAUGCCUCGUAUGGGCUCUGCGGGAUCCACUACAUCGACGCCGGGUACCUGGGUUUCAAGGCCUAUUUUGUGGCCCCUCGCAAGGGCACUGUGUGGAGCAUCUCUGGCUCGGACUGGCUGAACACAGUGGCUGCGGGUGACAUCACCGGCGAGCUGGUGGCUGCAGUGCUGCCUGACCUGACCAUCAACCCCCUAAGUGUCAAGCGCUCCUUGGACCGCAGAUUUCCAGUGUACAAAGCCAACCUGCUGCCCUGCAGCCCUGCCGGGCCCAAGAGCACUGAGCAGGCACUGCCCAGGACCCGGUGCUACAGUGAGAUGGUGGCCAGGAGCUACAUCCAAUUCCGGGACACGGACCUGCUUCCAGAACUUCACGAGCCGGGAGCCCAUGCGCAGGAUGCACGCGCAGGAGGUGAAGGCAGAACUGAGCCUCGACCGCCUGCAGCUGGAGGCCCUGCACAAGGUGCGCUUCAGCCCCAACCUGGACUCGCAGGGCUGGCUGGUGUCGGGCGGGCAGGCGGGCAUCGUGCGGGUGCACUGCCUGGCAGGACUGGCCUCCGGUGUGGGCCGCCAGCUGCUCCCGGAGUGCCAGGCCCGCUUCGCUUCCCUCUACAGGGAUGUGUCCGGGAGCCCUGGCCCCCCCGAAUGCUCCCCGGUGCCAGCGGAGUAGGGGGUUGGUCCCUCGUGCUGCUCACCCCGGGCAGGGCCUGGGGCCGGCUGUGCUGGCCAGGGACUGUGUCCCCUCUCGGUGCUGCCUUCCCACUGGGCCCCUGCUGUGGGAGGGACGGCUGCUCCCAGCUGCUCCUGGGAUCCUCCAGACACGUCUUCCGAACCCGGAAGGAUCUGUCUGUGCUGUUUGGCCUAAGCUGGGUGGGGGUGGUGGGACUGGUGCAUGUACUGGGGUACAUGCUGUGGGUCUGACCCCACAGAAGUGCCCAUGGGCCCCAGUGGCGUGGGGCUGUGCUUGCGCUCACCUCCAGCCCCACUGCACUCCGAGGGGCAGGGAGGGGGCUGGGAGCUUUGGAAUUGCUCACAUUGAGCCU